CAUUGCCGCUGACACGGCCCGGUCUGUUCAUUCCUCUUUCGACGGUCAAACGGUGCGGUUGCAACUUUUUCCCUUUGAAUCGUUUUUUUAAAACAACAAAAAGCUUACAAUAUGUGUGACGAAGAAGUUGCUGCUCUCGUUGUCGACAAUGGCUCCGGCAUGUGCAAGGCCGGUUUCGCUGGAGAUGAUGCACCCCGCGCCGUGUUCCCAUCGAUCGUCGGCCGCCCACGUCACCAGGGUGUCAUGGUUGGCAUGGGACAGAAGGACUCGUAUGUGGGUGAUGAGGCCCAGAGCAAGCGUGGUAUCCUCACUCUGAAGUACCCCAUCGAGCACGGAAUCGUGACAAACUGGGAUGAUAUGGAGAAGAUCUGGCAUCACACCUUCUACAACGAGCUGCGUGUUGCCCCCGAGGAGCACCCCGUUCUGCUGACCGAGGCCCCUCUUAACCCCAAGGCUAACCGUGAGAAGAUGACUCAGAUCAUGUUCGAGACCUUCAACACACCCGCCAUGUAUGUGGCCAUCCAGGCUGUUCUGUCGCUGUACGCCUCUGGCCGUACCACUGGUAUCGUCUUGGAUUCUGGUGAUGGUGUCUCCCACACUGUCCCCAUCUAUGAGGGAUAUGCUCUGCCUCACGCCAUCCUGCGUCUGGAUUUGGCCGGUCGCGAUCUGACUGACUACCUGAUGAAGAUCCUCACGGAGCGUGGCUACUCAUUCACCACCACAGCCGAGCGUGAGAUCGUGCGCGACAUCAAGGAGAAGCUGUGCUACGUCGCUUUGGACUUCGAGCAGGAGAUGGCCACCGCUGCCUCCAGCUCUUCUUUGGAGAAGUCUUACGAGCUUCCCGACGGACAGGUCAUCACUAUUGGCAAUGAGCGAUUCCGUUGCCCCGAGGCCCUGUUCCAGCCCUCGUUCUUGGGAAUGGAGGCGUGCGGCAUCCAUGAGACCACCUACAACUCGAUCAUGAAGUGCGAUGUGGAUAUCCGUAAGGACCUGUACGCCAACACCGUCCUGUCCGGUGGCACCACCAUGUACCCUGGCAUCGCCGAUCGCAUGCAGAAGGAGAUCACCGCCCUGGCCCCAUCAACCAUGAAGAUCAAGAUCAUUGCUCCCCCAGAGCGCAAGUACUCCGUCUGGAUCGGUGGCUCCAUUCUGGCCUCGCUGUCGACCUUCCAGCAGAUGUGGAUCUCCAAGCAGGAGUACGACGAGUCUGGCCCAUCCAUUGUGCACCGCAAGUGCUUCUAAGUCUAGCGGUGGACUUCACGCCUUCGGGCGUACGAGAGGAAGAGGAUGACGACGACGACGGAGGAAGAAGAAGCAGAGCGAGUGCGAGUAGUGCCGGCAGUUUAUGUGACGUGUCGAAGGAGUGCAGCACAA